ACACGCGUCUAGGUGAAAUGAAUCAGUAUGGAAGCAUGAGCUUGCUGAUGCAUGUCCGACCUGUUUACUGGCUCUCCUCUACACAGGUUGCGGGCUUUCCUCACCUUAGCUUUGUCCAAACGCACUAGGAGGCGCUGAAUCCCAGCGAGCAAAGUGUUCAAGCGCUGAAGUGCCGCAAAUGAGUCAAUGUGCGGAGGCCACUCAUGCUGCCAGCCCCCCCUUUCCAUUUACUCGCCAUCAUUCAGCAGCGCUCUUCUUUCGCUGCUCAUUUUUACCUCGCGCAUCUCUGCGGUCUGUCGGAAUUCCCAGCAAGAUCAUUCACAGAAUCUAAACAAUAGCUAGAAAUCAUGCUCGCGCGCGUGUAGAAUCUCUUCACCCUCAGUCAUUUUUCGCACAGCCCUCAGUCAGGGCUCUGGAAGCAGACAGAAGCUCUUGCUCUCUCUCUCUCUCUCUCUCUCUCUCUCUCUCUCUGCUUUUUCCCUUUGUUUUUCUCUUCUUGGAGGUAAAUGUGCAUGCUGAAUGGCCGGAGCACAGCCCGGGGUUCACGCGCUGAAGCUCAAGCCGGUGUGCGUACCGGAGAGUCUGAAGAAAGGCAGCAGGUUUAUGAAAUGGGACGAGGAUUCUUCUACAGUGACCCCAGUGACCUUACGUGUGGAUCCUCAGGGCUACUUUCUGUACUGGACUGAUCAGAAUAAGGAAACCGAUCUGUUGGACAUCACCUAUAUCAAGGAUGCAAGAACUGGGAAAUGUACUAAAACACCAAAGGAAGCCAAGCUGCGAGAGUUACUUGAUGUUGGGAACCUGGUGGGGCGGAUAGAAAACAAGAUGCUGACUGUGGUUACAGGGCCAGACAUGGUCAACAUUACAUAUCUAAAUUUCAUGGCCUUCCAAGAGGAAGUGGCAAAGGAGUGGGCAGAGGAGCUGUUUAGUCUGGCGUCCAACCUGCUGGCUCAGAACAUGAAUCGAGAGUCCAGCCUGGAAAAAGCAUACACAAGACUUAAACUGCAGCCAAAUCAAGAAGGACGCAUUCCUGUGAAGAACAUAUUUCGCAUGUUUUCGGCUGACAGGAAGCGCGUAGAAACAGGACUGGAGAGCUGUAAUCUUCCAUCAGGCAGGAAUGAUUCCAUUCCUCUGGAGGACCUAACUCCUGAGGUUUACAAAUCCUUCAUAGCCAAUCUCUGUCCCCGACCUGAAAUCAACCAAAUCUUUGCAGAUCUAGGAGCUAAAGGCAAGAACUAUCUAAACAUGGAGCAGAUGACUGAGUUCAUUAACAAUAAGCAGCGGGAUCCUCGUCUGAAUGAAAUCCUUUACCCUCCACUGAAGAUAGAACAAACACACCUCCUUAUGGAGAAAUUCGAGCCCAACACAGGCAUGAUACAAAAAGGGCAGAUUUCAGUUGAGGGAUUCUCCAGGUAUUUGAUUAGUGAUGAGAAUGGUGUAAUACCGCCUGAGAAACUGGACCAGAGUGAAGACAUGACCUUCCCUCUUUCACACUACUUCAUCAACUCCUCUCAUAACACCUAUCUCACAGCGGGGCAGCUAGCGGGAAACUCUUCAGUGGAGAUGUACAGGCAGGUGCUGCUGUCUGGCUGUCGCUGUGUGGAACUGGACUGCUGGAAAGGUCGGACAGCUGAAGAGGAGCCUGUUAUCACCCAUGGCUUCACUAUGACCUCUGAGAUUUCCUUUAAGGAAGUAAUUGAGGCCAUUGCCGAAUGUGCUUUUAAAACGUCUCCUUUUCCCAUCAUCCUAUCCUUUGAGAAUCAUGUGGACUCUCCGAAACAACAAGCCAAGAUGGCGGAAUAUUGCAGAUCAAUUUUCGGAGAUGCCCUUUUAACUGAGCCACUUGAGAAAUAUCCGCUUGAGGCAGGGGUUCCACUGCCCAGUCCACAGGAACUCAUGGGGAAGAUCCUCAUUAAGAAUAAAAAAUCUCACCCCAAACCACCCGAUGGAAGCACAAAGAAGAAGCUGUCAGAGCAAGCCUCGAACACCAACAGUGACUCCUCCAGUGUGUUUGAGCCAUCCUCACCCAGCGCUGGGCCUGCAGCUUCAGCAGAGGUGGAGGCGGAUGAUGAUGAAGAUGAUGACGAUGAUGAUGAUGACUGUAAGAAGUCAAUGGAUGAGGGCACAGCAGGAUCUGAGGCUUUUGCUACUGAAGAAAUGUCCACUCUAGUUAAUUACAUCCAACCCACUAAGUUCCACUCCUUUGAGACUUCAAAAAAGGUCAACCGCAGUUAUCAAAUGUCGUCGUUUGUGGAGACGAAGGCCCUAGAGCAGCUCACCAAGACUCCUGUGGAGUUUGUGGAAUACAACAAGCUUCAGCUCAGUAGAAUCUACCCCAAGGGCACUCGAGUCGACUCCUCCAACUACAUGCCUCAAGUGUUCUGGAACGCAGGCUGCCAGCUGGUGGCACUAAACUUUCAGACAAUAGAUCUGUCCAUGCAGCUGAACUUGGGCAUGUAUGAGUAUAAUGGGAAGAGUGGCUACAGGCUUAAGCCUGAGUUCAUGAGGCGACCAGAUAAGCACUUUGACCCCUUCACAGAAAGCACUGUGGAUGGCAUUGUAGCCAAUACUUUAUCAAUAAAGAUCAUAUCAGGACAGUUCCUUACUGACAAGAAAGUGGGGGUGUAUGUGGAGAUUGACAUGUUUGGGCUGCCAGUUGACACAAGACGGAAAGCAUUCAAAACAAAGACGUCCCAGAACAAUGCCAUCAACCCUGUGUGGGAUGAAGAGCCGAUCGUCUUUAAAAAGGUGGUUCUGCCUACUCUGGCCUCAUUGAGAAUAGCUGUAUUUGAGGAGGGUGGAAAGUUCAUAGGUCAUCGGUUAAUUCCUGUAUCAGCCAUUCGACCAGGUUACCGGUAUGUUGGACUGAGAAAUGAGAAAAACCAGUCGCUCACUCUUCCUGCUCUAUUUGUGUAUAUUGAAGUGAAAGAUUAUGUGCCAGACACCUUUGCAGAUGUCAUAGAGGCCCUGUCUAACCCUAUUAGAUACGUCAACUUAAUGGAGCAGAGAUCCAAGCAGCUGGCGGCUCUGACAUUAGAAGAAGGGGAGGAGGAGAAAGAUGCCAAAGAGAAUGAGUCAGGUGUUGAGCAGGCUUCAGAGGCAAAGAGUGAGCCCAAACCUGCACCUGUGGAGAACGGCCUGAGUCACACUCUGAGUGUGACGCCGAAACCAGCGUCACAGCUCAAUACACAGCCCCAGUCUACAGGGUCAGCUAAAUCUGCAGCAAAGACUGAAGAUCUUAUACACAGUGUCCUCACUGAGAUGGAGGCUCACACAUUAGAGGAGCUGAAGCAACAGAAGGUGUUUGUCAGGGAGCAGAGGAGACAUUAUAAAGAAAUGAAGGAGCUGGUGAAGAAACAUCACAAAAAAACCACAGAACUGAUCAAGGAGCAUACAGCCAAAUACAACGAAUUCCAGCAUGACUACCUCCGCAGAAGAUCUGUGCUGCAGAAGUCUGCAAAACGAGAUGGUAAGAAGAGGUGUCUGUCCUCCAGUCCAGAGCAUGGUGCCUCGUUUUUCGAGCAGGAGCUGGCAACUCUGGACCAGGAGAGUGGACAGAAACUGGCUGAGCUCAAAGAACAGCAGCAGCAGCAGCUCCUGAACCUGCGGCAGGAACAGUAUUACAGUGAGAAGUACCUGAAAAAAGAACACAUCAAGCAGCUAAUGGAGAAACUCACCCUGCUAGCUGAGGAGAGUCAAAGCAGCCAAAUGAAGAAACUGAAAGACUUGUGUGAAAAAGAAAAGAAAGAACUGAAAAAGAGAAUGGACAAGAAAAGGCAGGAGAAGCUGAAUGAAGCCAAAUCGAAAGAGAAACACUUGACAGAGGAGGAAAAGCUGGAGAUCAACAGGUCAUAUGUUAAUGAAGUGGUACAACAUAUUAAAAGGCUGGAAGAUGCUCAAACCAAAAGACAUGAAAAGCUUGCAGAGAACCAUAAGAACAUUCUUCAACAAAUCAUUGAAGAAAAACCUAAGCUUCAGAAUGAACUGGAUCAGGAGUAUCAGGACAAGUUUCGUCGGCUGCCAGUGGAGAUUCAGGAGUUUGUGCAGGAGACGACUAAGCGAAAGACUGACGGGAAUGAUCAGGAGUCCCUGCCUUCUUCUAGCACACUAGAGAAACUCAGCCAUAAGGGAGCGCAGUCUGAGGACGAUAUGGAGGACGAGAGGAAAGAGUGAAGCAUUAAGAAUUCCAGCGUGCUACAGGCACUCUUCCUAACUCGUUUUGCCAAUGGUAACUGUUUUUUUUUUUUUUUUGGGAUUUGACAUCUUUGUCACUAAUGUGUUUUGGAGAAUGCCUGUGGGUGGAGGGUAAAAGGAUAACAGGCAAGAAAUCACUUAGAGCACUUGAACCACAUGAACCUAUUACUUAUGAUGUGAUUAUUUAUGAUCUAUGAUUUACUGAUUUCUCAUAAUAGGAAUAAUCACAUUUUGGGGUCAAAUUAACUUUUACAUGAUAUUCACUUGUGUUGUAGUUAAUAUGGUGUGUUCUACAUAACUCAUGAUCCUAAUCAGAUGUUUAUGGCCAGUAAGUAAAAAGUUUGAAGAAGGUGUGUGUGAGUGUGGGCAUGGAGGGCAGGGACCACAUACAUUACUGUAGCUCUGAUUUCUCUUUCAGAAGUUUUUGAAGUGGUCACUGUACCCACAUUUAAUUUAUAAUAUUUUUAUUUGCAAGCACAGGUGGCUUGCAGAUGUAAAUUCAUUAUUUUUGUUAAAUUUGCUGCUGAUAUUUUUUGUUCUGUUUCAUCUAGACUGGUUAAGUACAGCAGAGUAUAAAGUUUGUACUAAGUGGGUCCAGUACAGGACAGUAACAUUUUUUCAGAAAUGCAUGAAUAGGGUGCAUUGAGCAGUUUGUGCAAUUUGUAAAUGCAACUAUAUAGCUUGUUAUGUGAUGUAAUAUGUAAAGACAUACUUGUUUUUUUUUUUUUUUACAUAGUACAUAGUAAGAAACAUCUUUAUCAGCAGAUAGAUUUAACAAUAUGCUAUUUCCAUUUAUUUUUCAUUCAUUUUAUUAAGAGGCCAUUUUAGGACCAAUUAUUUUGCAUUCCUUUUCUAUUUCAUUAUAGUAUGCUUAAUUAUUAUAGUUUUUUGCUAAGUAUAUAUAUAUAUAUAUUAUAGUAGAAUAACCUAUUUACUGAAGUAAUUAAGUAAAGAAAUUGAUAUCUUAAUGCAGAAGGGGUGGAAAUACUAUCAGAAAUAUGGAAAUGCACUUUGGAUUUCAUGAGGUAUUGGUAUUAUUAUGCAAUCUUUUUACUUGAGUGAGAUUCUUCUUUCAGUAUGUUUCCAUUUCAUUGGUUCACCAUAGGAUUUGAAGCAUGGGGUCAGUGAUGCCAAGUGAAGUAUUGUGAUGAUAAUUUUCCAGAAUAUGCUUCCCCAUACUUCCCCUGGUGGUUUCUCAGUGUUACGCUCUGAUUAAAGCACGUCUGUCACUUUCACUUCUAUUUAUAUAGGUUUGUAACAUUUAGAUUAGAUCUAGGUUUUAAGUUAAGUGGUGACUUAAUUCUUACAUUCAUGUAAAUGUGUUAAUUAUAUUCCUGCUUUGUAUUUAUUGCAGUAUAUGAUUGCUAUGGACCACUAAAAUAAAGUGCCAAACAAUUGCCUAGUCCUGACAGGUCCAACAUGAACCCUGGAAACAUGAAACAGAAUAUAAUUACAUCCAUUUGAUCUCUUGACUGAUCCCUAUUCAUAAUGUAUAUGAUGAUCUAGUUUCAUUUUUAAAGUUGUCAUUAGAUGCAAUGCAAUAUAUUAAAGCCAUGGCAAAAUCCAUGGUAGUCUUGCUGCAUCUAUAAAUGCUAUCAAACAAGUAUUAAAAUUUGAUUUUUCACACGUACUAGUUGUAAAUGAUAUUCCGUGUGGUUACACAUAAGAGCCAUUUUAUUGAAUUACAUUGUAUAAUUUUUUUUACAAGAUGACUCUGUGCUGUUGUUUUCUUUUGACCAAACUCUUUUUUGCAAUGUAAGAUUACUUGAAACACUUUUAUGACUGGACUCAUUUUUGAUCGUUUUGAAGUGACGUUCUGUGCCUUUGAAUGUUCUCUGUGUUAGAUGUGGAAUGUAAAAAAGUGUUGAUGUAUAGAGCUCUUCUUUUUGUAUCAACCGUGCACGCACUUUUAAAAUGUUUAUACUACAGAUUUACUUUGAAAUUGUUUAAAUGUCAAACUAUUGACAGUGUAUGCUAUUGAGUGCCACUUUAUUUAUUUCAAACCUUAAUUCCAUUCAGCAGAACAGACAUAGAUUAGGAAAAAAAUAUCGACAAACAUUUGAUUUCAUCAAACUGUAUUAUUGGUACCACAGUAUCUGCAUCUUUAAAAGAUGAGUAAUGUUGAAUGUAAGUUGUGCUUGUGCUGUGCAAUGGUUUUAAUAAAACAUUUUUGUGAAAUGUGGAAUUCACAGAGUGCAAAAGAUGUCUAAGUUAAUUAUUUAGAUAGUUUAGUAUACUAUGAUCUUUUCUAUGGCAGUGAAUUGAAGUCAUUCCAAAUUCCAAAUGAUUUGUGUGUGUGUGUGUGUGUGUGUGUGUGUGCUCUCCACCAUCAUCAAAUUGUAAUGUCCCAACACCUAAGGUGGCCUGUUUGUAUCUCUUCAAUAUUUCUAAAUAAUCACCUACUGUAAGCAGCC